AUGAAGUGCUUAAACAACCGAGCUGAAAGCCAUCUGACCGGACCAGUCGAGUGUGAGCUGGACAGCAAAGAUAUUGGGGCUUGGGUAAACCAGGGCUUCUGCAGCACCCCUCCACCUUUGGGCAGAGCCAUAGGCACCAUUUACAAUCCUCAGCCCCUUUUCCAGGACUCCAUGGACAGAGUGUACAACAACCCUGGCCUGUUUCAGGAAGGACAGCAAUCAAGUGGACAUGACCUGGAGAAGAAACAACAGGGCUGCUGCUUUUAUAUCAAACGCCUAUGGGGUACAACUCUGACUGAAAACACUUCAAACAACAGAGAACUGUUCAUCAGAACCACUCUCCGGGAGUUACUGGUCUAUGUCUUGUUUCUGGUGGAUAUCUGCCUCUUGACAUACGGCAUGACCAGCUCCAGCACGUACUACUACACCAAAGCCAUGACUGACCUGUUUGUGAACACGGCCGGUGAAACUGGAGUGAAGUUUCAGUCCAUCAGCACCAUGACGGACUUCUGGGCAUUUACCCAAGGCCCUUUACUGGAUGGCCUCUACUGGACUAGAUGGUACAACAACCAGUCGCUGGACAGUGGAAACCAGUCCUUUAUCUACUAUGAGAAUAUGCUGCUGGGAGUCCCCAGACUGAGACAGGUCAAGAUAAUGAAUAACUCCUGCAGGGUCCACAGCACCUUCCAGGAUGAGAUGACAGGAUGUUAUGAUGUUUACAAUGAAAAGAAGGAAGAUGAGCUCAGCUUCGGUCUCUUCAACGGCACAGCCUGGACGUAUCACACAGAGAAGGAAAUCAAAGGUUCCUCUCACUGGGGUUUGCUGACCACUUACAGUGGAGCAGGAUAUUACCAAGACCUGAGUCAGACUAAAGAGGAGAGCACAGUCAUACUGAGGGAGCUGGUGGACAACCUGUGGCUGGACCGAGGAACCAGAGCAGUCUUUGUCGACUUUUCCACUUACAACGCAAACAUCAACAUGUUCUGUGUUAUCAGGUUGUUGGUUGAGUUCCCAGCGACUGGCGGUGCGAUCCCGUCCUACCAAAUCAGAACGGUUAAACUGAUCCGCUACAUCACCUACUGGGAUUACUUCAUUCUUGGCUGUGAGAUCUUCUUCUGUCUAUUCAUCGUCUACUAUGUUGUUGAGGAGAUUCUUGAGGUGCAAAUACACAAGUGCUCAUACUUCAGAAGCAUCUGGAACAUUCUAGAUAUUGUUGUGAUCAUGCUUGCCAUUGUCGCCAUCGUCUUCAAUAUUUUUCGAACUAUCAAAGUUGACAACUUGCUUGACAAACUUCUGGAGCAGCCUGAUAUCUACGCUGACUUUGAGUUUCUGGCCUUCUGGCAGACGCAGUACAACAACAUGAAUGCAGUCAAUCUGUUCUUUGCAUGGAUCAAGGUUUUUAAAUACAUCAGCUUUAACAAGACCAUGACUCAGCUGUCCUCCACACUGGGCCGGUGUGCUAAAGACAUCAUAGGCUUCGCCAUCAUGUUCUUCAUUGUGUUCUUUGCCUACGCUCAGCUUGGAUAUCUGCUCUUUGGGACAGAGGUCGAGUCUUUCAGCACCUUCAUCAAGUGCAUCUUCACACAAUUCCGGAUAAUUCUUGGAGACUUUGAUUAUGACGCUAUUGACCGAGCUAACAGAGUCCUUGGACCAAUCUACUUUGUCACCUACGUGUUCUUUGUUUUUUUUGUUCUGCUGAACAUGUUUCUGGCCAUCAUAAAUGACACCUACUCUGAGGUGAAGGAGGAGCUCUCGUCCCAGAAAGAUGAGUUACAGUUUACUGACAUCAUCAAGCAGCACUACAUGAAAACGUUUUCAAAGUUGAAACUUAAAAAGGAGAAAAUAUCAGAUGUUCAGAAAGCGCUGCGAUCAGGAUCUGAAGAAAUUGAAUUUAAGGACUUCAGAGAAACUCUCAAAGAGAUGGGACACGCUGAUCAUGAAAUUUCUGCAGCCUUUUCACGCUUUGACCAGGAUGGGAACCAAAUUCUGGACAGAGCUGAACAAGAGAGGAUGAAAAUGGAGCUGGAGGAAAAGAGGGAUGCUCUUUCUGCUGAACUUAACAAUCUAGGAAUUAUUUAUGAGAAGGAAUUACUUGAAAAGCCUCCUGUUGAGCAGAAGAACCAAUCAGUUCAUACCUUUGUGAACCAGGACAAAUUUCUGGGGCUUGUGCAACAGGUGCUCCAGCUUGAGAGCUGCAUGGCUGGGAUCACAUCCAGGAUUGAGCUGAUUAUGGAGAAACUAGGACUACAGGAGAAACUGGGACUGCAGGAGAAAGCGAGUGUGACCAACAAUGUUGGUGCUGAAGUUGCCUUGGAUGGAGGCGUGCUGAUCAGUCUGGAUACAGUCUCAUCAAGGAGAGUUUGCAACAACACCUUUUACGACUGCCAUAUGUGA